CUGGGGGUCCGGGCCCACAGCCCGCUCCCCGAUGGUGCCACCCCCCUCGGCCAGCUCUGUCCCUGCAGCAGUGGCACCGGGCGUUGGUGCUCCUGCCAGCCUGGGGGGUGGGCAGGUGGAAAGCUCAUCCCAGGGUCUGUCGCCACCCUGAGCCCCAUGGCCAUUUAAUCCUUCACCCAUUAACUUGGACUAAUAAACCUCGUGGGAGCGAGAGGCUAAAAGCCGUGCUUGCGCCAGCGCUGUCUCUGCCAGUGCCGCUCCUGCUGCCCGCCAUGGCAGCCGGCUUCUUCAUCAGCAAGACCGUGGGCAUCGUGGGCAUCAUGCUGGGCCUGGGGGCUGUGGCCACCAUCAUUGCGCUCUCGGUGGUGUACGCCCAGGAAAAGAACAAGGGGACAUCAGAUGUGGGCACCAGUACCACCCCCAGCACCACCACCACCACCACCACCAAUCCCAACGACCCCUGGAACCGCUGGAGAUUGCCGGCCACGCUGAAGCCGGAGAUUUACGAGGUGUCCCUGCAGCCCUUCCUGAAGCCUGAUGCCAACAACAUGUACAUCUUCAAGGGCAGCAGCAGUGUGGUCUUCAUGUGCGAGGAAGCCACCAACCUCAUCCUCAUCCACAGCAACAAGCUGAACUACACCAUGCAGGGCUCCUUCCAUGUGGCGCUGCAGGCAGAGGGCGGUGGGGAGGCCCCGGCCAUCUCCCGCACCUGGCUGGAGACUCCCACCCAGUACCUGGUGGUGCAGCUGGCCGCUCCCCUGCAGCAGGGCCGGCGCUACCGGCUGUCCAGCAGCUUCACUGGGGAGCUGGCCGAUGACCUGGCUGGCUUCUAUCGCAGCGAAUACACUGACGAGUCAGGCAACAGGCAGGUGGUGGCCACCACACAGAUGCAGGCAGCUGACGCACGCAAAGCUUUCCCCUGCUUCGACGAGCCAGCCAUGAAAGCCAACUUCACAGUGACACUGAUCCACCCCUCCAACUAUGUGGCCAUUUCCAACAUGCCUGCCAAAAACACCAGGCAGCAGAUAAUUGAUGGGGAGACCUGGAAUGUCACUGAGUUUCAGACCACCCCCCGGAUGUCCACGUACCUUCUGGCCUUCAUUGUCAGCCAGUUCACCAGCGUGCAGAAUGACUCGGAGAAGAUACUGAUUCGCAUCUGGGGCCGCCCCAAAGCCAUCAACGAGGGCCAGGGCGACUACGCACUCAAUGUCACCAGCCCCAUCCUCAGGUUCUUUGAGGAGCAUUACAACACGUCCUACCCGCUCCCCAAGUCUGACCAGGUCGGCCUCCCUGAUUUCAAUGCGGGCGCGAUGGAGAACUGGGGGCUGGUGACGUACCGGGAGAACUCGCUGCUCUUCGAUGCUGAGUACUCCUCCAUUGGCAACAAGGAGCGGGUGGUGACCGUCAUUGCCCACGAGCUGGCACACCAGUGGUUUGGGAAUUUGGUGACGCUGCGGUGGUGGAACGACCUGUGGCUGAACGAGGGCUUCGCCUCGUACGUGGAGUACCUGGGUGCCGACUUUGCUGAGCCCUCCUGGAGCAUUAAAGAUCUGAUGGUGCUGAACGAGGUGCACACGGUGAUGGCAACGGACGCCCUGGCCAGCUCCCACCCGCUCUCCUUCCGCGAGGAGGAGAUCAACACCCCAGCCCAGAUCAGUGAAGUCUUUGACAGCAUCGCCUACAGCAAGGGAGCAUCGGUGCUGCGGAUGCUUUCGAGCUUCCUCAGCGAGAACAUCUUCAAGGAGGGGCUGCAGUCCUACCUCCACACCUUCUCCUACAACAACACCGUCUACACUGACCUCUGGGACCAUCUGCAACAGGCGGUGGAGAAGAACAACGUGCAACUGCCUGACAGCAUCAGCAACAUCAUGGACCGCUGGACGCUGCAGAUGGGCUUCCCUGUGGUGACUGUUGACACCAAGAGCGGCACCGUCAAUCAGACUCAUUUUCUGCUGGACCCCACAUCUUCUGUGGACAGACCCUCUGCCUUCAACUACACCUGGAUCAUCCCCAUCACCUGGAUGACAGACAGUGGCAGCGGGAACAGCAUCUACUGGCUGACCAAAGUCACAGACACCAACAGCGUCUUCAGGCUCAACAGCCCCGGCUGGCUCCUGCUGAACCUCAAUGUCACUGGGUACUUCCGAGUCAAUUACAACCAGGAGAACUGGGAUCAGCUCCUCAACCAGCUUGGCACUAACCACACGGUCUUCCCUGUGAUCAACCGUGCCCAGAUCAUUGACGAUGCCUUUAACCUGGCCAGGGCCAAGUACGUCAACGUGACCUUGGCUCUGAACACGACACGGUUCCUGAGGUGGGAGACGGAAUACAUGCCCUGGCAGGCAGCCCUCACCAACCUCCAGUACUUCCAGCAGAUGUUUGACCGCAGCGAGGUCUUUGGGGCCAUGUCGAGUUACAUGAGGAAGCAGGUGACCCCUCUCUUCACCCACUACAAGAACAUCACCAAUGACUGGAAUGAUAUCCCCAGUGGCCUGAUGCCCCAGUACAACGAGGUCAAUGCCAUCAGCACCGCCUGCUCCUACGGGGUCACCGAGUGUCAGCAGCUGGCUGCCGACUACUUGAGUGCGUGGGAGAAUUCCACCGACAACCCGGUCCCCCCGAACCUGCGCUCAGCCAUCUAUUGCAGCAUGGUGGCCACGGGCGGGGAGAAGGCCUGGGAUUUCCUCUGGAAGAAGUUCCAGGAGGCCCAUGUGGUGUCUGAGGCCGACAAGCUCCGCACGGCCCUCUCCUGCAGCCCCCAUCCCUGGAUCCUCAACCGGUACCUGGAGUACACCCUCGACCCCACAAAGAUCCGGAAGCAGGAUGCCACCUCCACCAUCAACAGCAUUGCCAGCAACGUUGUGGGGCAGCCCCUGGCCUGGGACUUCAUCCGUGGCAACUGGAGGACGCUCUUCACCCAGUACGGGGGCGGCUCCUUCUCCUUCUCCCGCCUGAUUUUAUCUGUGACCCAGCGCUUUUCCUCAGAGUUUGAGCUGCAGCAGCUGGAGCAGUUCAAGAAGGACAACCAGGACAUCGGGUUUGGGUCGGGGACGCGGGCGCUGGAGCAGGCGCUGGAGCGGACCCGUGCCAACAUCAACUGGGUGAAGGAGAACCGGGCGACGGUGCUGAAGUGGUUUGAGGAUGAGAACAAACAAAGCGAAUAAAGGAGUCUGCGCUUCCCCAGCCACCAGGACGGACCCUCGCCCACUCCCGACUCCCCUCACUCCAUCCCCCGUGGCCCCCAGUCCCGCACUGCCGGUCCGGCUCUGGAGGGCUCGGAGGGGAGGUCAGGCUGGUGCGCUCUGGGGGUGUGAAUAAAAUCCUGCCCGGUUUCCAGGGGCACCCUGGU